AUGUCUCACUCGUCUGGGGUUGUAUUUCAGCCGCACAGCAAACUCACCGGGGUCGUCGCGCCUCCGGAGAAGCUGAUCCCGAUGGUGAACUUCUCGAUGGUGUGCCCCGGGGUCUACCGCGGCGGCUACCCGACGAAGAAGAACUUCCCAUUCCUCCAAGCCCUGCACCUGCGGAGCAUCCUCUACCUGUGCCCCGAGGACUACGCCGAGAGCAACCUGAAGUUCUGCGAGGAGAACGGCAUCGCCGUGCUGCGCUUCCCCACGGAGGGCAACAAAGAGCCCUUCUGCGACAUCGCCGAGGCCCUGAUGCACCGCGUCCUGGGCGCGAUCUGCGACACCCGCAGCCUGCCGCUGCUGAUUCACUGCAACAAGGGAAAGCACCGCACCGGGACGGUGGUCGCCGCGCUGCGGAUGCAGCAGGGCUGGUCCCUCGUCUCCGCCCUCGAUGAGUACAAGCGCUUCGCCGGGGACAAGGCCCGGUUUGGCGACCAGCAGUACGUCGAGCUCUACCACGCGGUCCUGCGGCUGACCCCGCCGUUCGUCCCGGCCUGGUUCGUCCGGUCCGCGCGCGCGACCGUCGUCUACAGCGAGCGCGAGCUGCUCGAGGUGGAGGCGCGGAUGGUCACGCAAAGCCCUUUUUCGACAAUCACCCCGGCGGCCUUUGGAGGGGGGAAACUCGGCGGCGGCUUAACCGCCCCACCACGACCCUCCGUCACGGGGGGCCCCAACGAAGAUGCCGAAGCCGAAACAGGGGGCGUCGUGUUGAAUUCGAUCCUGCCAUCUCCGUCCGAAGCGGCCGCUUCGGCAGCCCCGUCCUUGGCGUGA